GGGGCCGGUGCUGGAGCCUCUGGGCAGGGCGGCAGCGGCGGCAGGGGCAGCAGGCGGGGCAGGCGGGGCAGCCGGCACCGGGGCCCUGCCUCCGCCCCCGCUUCCACUGUCAGGUCUGCGGGAGGUGGUGGUGGAGUGUCAGCUUCUGCUGGAGGCGCCGGCCGCCCUGACCUCCCUCGCCCACCUGCCCGCCCUCUCCGCCCUCACCCUCACCGGCCUUCCGCUCUCCCCCUCCUCCGCCCCCGCCACCGCCGCCGCCCUCGCCGCCCUCACCCGCCUCACCGCCCUCACGCUCACCUUUGAGCACCGCUACGCCGCGGGGCCCGCGGAGCAGCACCUGGCAGCUGCCCUGCGCUGCUUGACACGACUGAACUACUUGGGUUUGGACUUCAUCAUGGACACCGGAGCAGGGGGCGGAGGGGCGCGAGGAGGAGGUGGAGGUGGAGGGAGUGGAAACCUGUGGAAUGCGGGGGAGCUGCUGACAGGGGCGCUGGCGGGGUUGAGCGAGCUGAGGAGGCUGGCGCUGCCAAAGGGUUUUUUGUACGACAAGUCGCAUCCGGAAUUUCUUAGGGUGCUGGCGGGGUUGCCGUACUUGACGGAUCUGGCACUGGGAUCCAUUAUACUGAGUCCGGAAACUGCGGCUGCUGCUGUGGCUGCGGCUGCUGCUGAUGCGGUAACCCCGAGUGAGCGAGGAAGGGGACGGGCGGGUGCUGCCGUAACGUCACCUCCAGCAUCAUCAUCAGCGGCAGCGCCGGGGGGAGGUUGCGCCGGCGGCGGUGGCGGGGGUUUGGAGCCACGUACGUUGGCAUCCUUGCCAUCCUUGCCAUCGCCAUCAGCGGCGGUGGCGGUGGCGGCGGCGACGAGUACAGCACCUGCUGCUGCUGCCGUACUCGCUCGUCCCUGGCGGCGGCUGGCGCUGGGUGCUGGCAUGCCGUGCUACCUGGAGGCCCUGCUGCCCGUGCUGGGGGUGAAGAGUAACCCCGUGCUGGGGGUGAAGAGUAACCCCGUGCUGGGGGUGGGGACGGGGGUAGCAGGCGGGACAGCUGGAGCGGGCAGCGCAGCAGCAGCGGUGGUUGGGGCAGCUGGGAAUGGUAGCGAAGGAGACGGACGAGGGGCGGUGUCAACAAUGUCAGCAGAGCCGUCGACGCCACCGCCGUACAGUCCUGUACGGCAGGUGCCGUACAGCGGGGGAGGAGCUGGCGGCGGCAGCUGGGUGCACAGCAGCAGGUGUACUAAUAGCGCAGCAAGAAGGAGUUGCAGCAGGGGAAGGGUUGCUGGUGCUAGCGCUAGCAACAGCAGCCACCACCAGCGCAGCAGUACCGGCCUGGAUCUAUUGGAGCUGUCGACGCCCUGCACCCUCCAAAUGGUGCAACUGCUACCGCAAUUCGUACGACAUGACAGUGCUUGCUGCUGUAGCAGCUGUACUUCCAACACCACCCGCGCUACUGCUGCUGCAAGCACUGCUACAACUGCAACCACUGCUGCCAUGAUGAACCCUGAUCCGCCGGCGACCCCCAUUUCGCAAACACGGCCGCUGCGACCGUACAUCUGCGACGGCGGUUUUAUCAGUAGCUGUAGCAGUAGCUGUGGCGGUACCGUACGGGAAGUACGACUGCUACUGCGGCUGUCCAGCAACUGGCAGGAAGUGGUUUCGGCGCUCUCGACGGUUGGGCCGGCGCUGACGUCACUGGCGCUACAGCCUACGUACUUGUACGGCAGCGGUACGAUGAUGGGUCCGCAGGUGGUGGCGGCUGUAGCGGGGGCGCUGCCGUACUUGCGGCAUUUGGAGCUGCACCGGUUGAACACCGACCCACGGGACAUCACCUGCCUGGCGGAGCGCAUGCCGGCACUGAGGUUCAUCCUGCUGGGGGUGGCCCGUGAGGCUCUGGAGCGACGUGGACCCGGACAUGCGGCCGCCCUGGUUCGAACCCUGCUGGGGGCACUGGCGGGGGCGGGGGGGCGCAAGGCGGGGCCGGGGGCGGGGGCGGAGGCGGGGAGAGGGCC